UGAAUAUGGAUUACUUGGAUUUAUACCUAAUACAUUUGCCAGUGACAUUGAAGAAGAAGGUUAAUAGUAAUGAUAAUGAAGUAAGGACUGACAAAGAGGAUAUAAUUCCAUUUGACAUGAGAGGGACAUGGGAAGCCAUGGAAGAGUGUUGUAGGUUAGGUCUGGCCAAGUCUAUUGGUGUCUCCAACUUUACAUGCACUAAGCUCUCUCAAAUCCUACACUAUGCUACCAUUCCUCCUGCAGUUAACCAGGUGGAAAUGCAUGUUGCAUGGAGGCAAGAGAAGAUGUUAGAGUAUUGCAAGGAAAAAGGAAUACAUGUGAGUGCAUGGUCUCCACUUGGAGCUAAUGGGAUAACUCCUUGGGGCACCCAUUCUGUUAUGGAGAGCCCGGCCCUGUCCUUAAAGAUAUUGCCAUUCACAAACACAAGAGCGUUGCUCAGGUGGCAUUAAGAUGGGUAUAUGAGCAAGGAGCUAGUGUAAUAGUGAA